GCCUACAGGGUGACCGCCGGGCAGCCGGGCCUCGUCCUGUGCCACCUCUCCGCGCAGCCCAGGCAGGUGGACAGACGCCUCCGGCUUUCAAGUUUCCUGGGAGCCACCGCGCGGCGAGAAGGCCGCCGUGGGCAGCGGGCAGCAGAGCUGCCUCUCAGCCCUUCCCCAGACUUGCCCUGGUGGCGGGAGGGGCUGGCCAUGGCCCCCGGGGCCGGGGCCGGAGUCUCCGGCUGAGCCCUUAGCGUGGGGAGCAACAGCUGCCGUGUGGCCCCGCCGAGGUCCCGGCACCCCAGCAUGGACCCGGACCCGCAGGCGGGCGUGCAGGUGGGCAUGCGCGUGGUGCGCGGCGUGGACUGGAAGUGGGGCCAGCAGGACGGCGGCGAGGGCGGCGUGGGCACGGUGGUGGAGCUCGGCCGCCACGGCAGCCCCUCGACGCCCGACCGCACGGUGGUCGUGCAGUGGGACCACGGCACCCGCACCAACUACCGCGCGGGCUACCAGGGUGCUCACGACCUGCUGCUCUACGACCCCCGCCAGGGCCUCCCGCGGACGCCGCUGAGGGGCAUCUUCCAGGGCGCCAAGGUGGUGCGAGGCCCGGACUGGGAGUGGGGCUCGCAGGACGGAGGGGAGGGGAAGCCCGGCCGCGUGGUGGACAUCCGCGGCUGGGACGUGGAGACCGGCCGGAGCGUGGCCAGCGUGACCUGGGCGGACGGCAGCACCAACGUGUACCGCGUGGGCCAUAAGGGCAAGGUGGACCUCAAGUGUGUGGGCGAGGCGGCCGGCGGCUUCUACUACAAGGGCCACCUCCCCAGGCUCGGCCAGCCGGCUGAGCUGCAGCGCAGGGUGAGCACCGACGGCCAGCCCUGCCCGCGUGGGGACAAGGCCAAGGGCCCGCUGGACACAGAUGCUCCGAGGGAGGCGCAGGGGGGCCACAGCGGGCGGCCCCCCAGGGUGCUGGAGGAUGCCCACGCGGACACGCCCCUGCACUGCGCCAUCUCUGCGGGCGCCGGCGCCAGCCGCAUCGUGGAGGUCCUGACCGAGGUGCCCGGCGUGGACGUCACGGCCACCAACCGCCAGGGCUUCACCCUGCUGCACCACGCGUCCCUCAAGGGCCACGCGCUAGCCGUCAGGAGGAUUCUUGCCCGGGCGCGGCAGCUGGUGGACGCCAAGAAGGAGGACGGCUUCACGGCGCUGCACCUGGCCGUCCUCAACAACCACCAGGAGGUGGCCCAGAUCCUCAUCCAGGAGGGCCGCUGCGACGUGAACGCCCAGAACCGGAAGCUGCAGACGCCGCUGCACCUGGCCACGCUGCAGGCCCACGUGGGCCUGGUGCCCCUACUGGUGGACGCCGGCUGCAGCGUCAACGCCGAGGACGAGGAGGGGGACACGGCCCUUCACGUGGCCCUGCAGCAUCACCAGCGGCUGCCCCUGGUGGCUGAGGGGGCCGGGGGGGACCCGGGGUCUGCACAGCUGCUGUCCAGGCUGCAGGCCUCGGGGCUCCCCGGCGCCGCCGAGCUGACGGUGGGGGCGGCGCUCGCCUGCUUCCUCGCGCUGGAGGGCGCUGACGUGGGCUACACCAGCCACCGCGGCCGGAGUCCGCUGGACCUGGUCGCCGAGGGCCGCGCGCUCAAGGCCCUGCAGGGCUGUGCCCAGCGCUUCCGGUGAGCCCGGG